AUGGAUCCUCGACACCUCAGUCGUUUACGGGAAGAGCAGAUAAAAGCGAUAAGUGAGACUGACGUUAAGAUUGAACAACUUGAGAACUUCAAGCAAGACUAUAAAUCUGUUCAAGAAAGGCUGAGAACUCUGCCCGACAAGCUGACGCAUGAUAUCAUGGUUCCAUUCGGCAAACUUGCCUUCAUGCCUGGUCGACUGACUCACACAAACGAGAUUCUGGUGUUACUGGGUGACAACUGGUUUGUGGAAAGGUCAGCAAAACAAGCCAGAGACAUCGUUGACAGACGAAUUAAAGAGCUGGACAAGCAACUCACAGAUCUGAAAGCCCAACAGAAAUUACUCCAGCCUCGACUUGGUUUUACCUCAGACUUGCAGGCAGAAAUACAGGGUCAUGGAGAUGUCAAGGAGAUAAUAGAAGAAUACGACGAGUCCAAGGAGAAACUUUGGGAUGAGCAGCAUCGUGAAAAUGUUAAGAAGUACAAAGAGGAAUUAAGAAGAAACACAGUGUCAGAAAACUCACAGGACAGACAAAAAGACGUGCAGAAUUCUCAGGAGAAAAAAGACAGUCAGAAAACAGAUGAGUACCUGUGGUCCCGACUUGAUGAGUUAGAGAGACAGGAGGUUCAGAGAGGGGAACUGAGCAGCCAAAAGGAGGGAGACAGUAAAGAGAACACUUCAACAGAUAAUCGCUCACACACGGAGAGAAGAGUCAACUGGGCAGAUGAACUGAAAGAAGAAGACAACAUCAAACAAGAUAGUGAUGAAACUAGUGGUGAAUACACAGAUGAUGAUGAUGAUGCAGACAGUGAAGCCGAUGAUGGUGAUGAUGACGAGGACACAAGGAUGCCCAGGAAUCCUCUCAGAAAGACUAUCACAUUUACACAUUCUCCAACUCCUUUUGUUUUGGUGUCUGAAGGCGGUGAUUUAGCUGUCCAUUGUCCUGCAGAUAUUUACAAACUGUACUGCCCAAAGUCCAUCUUAAAGAAGGCCCCGGACAAUGUAGGCCUUUCAGAUGGUAACCAGAUGACAGAAUCCAGCCUUUCCAGUCUACAAAACGUAGACAAGAGCAAGAAGACUUCACAUGUUGGCAGAGAUUACACUGUAAAUUCAGAAGUGGAUCAUCAACCACAGAAAGAUGGAUUUGCCAGCUCACAGUCGAUAGUGUCUUCAGCAAGUAAAGCAUUUACAGGUUUUGUUGUAGAAAAGAUUUCCAACUUGCCGCCAGCAGCCACCACCACUGAUUCAUCAUCAUCCUGUGCAGCAACAGCAACUGGUGCUUCAGCCGGACUGCCGCCCCCCAAGCGUGUGUCCAAAUUCAAAGCUUCACGACACAAUGAGACCACUUCCUAG